GGGGGCGGAGACAGUCUUCACGGCUCACAUGCGGCACAGCUGUGCGAGUGCAUCUCAGCAUUUCUCUCUUUAAAUGAGGGAUCCAGACAGUGUGAGGGAAUGAUCUCGGCGAUUCAUGUGUAAUAAUCUCUAACGGACACAUAUAUUUCGCAUUCACCUCACAGGAGGGCAUUCCUUUAAUUUCUUUGGCAAGAUAAUAAUUUAAAAAAAAAUGGACAGUUCAGACAAGGAGAACAAGUCAGAUGAAGAAUUUGAAUCACCCGAGGAAGAAGAGGUGGACCCGAGAAUUCAGGGAGAGCUUGAGAAGCUAAAUCAGUCCACAGAUGACAUCAACAGAUGUGAAACUGAGCUUGAGGAUGCCAGGCAAAAGUUUCGCUCUGUGCUGGUGGAAGCCACUCUAAAGUUAGACGAGCUGGUGAAGAAGAUUGGGAAAGCGGUGGAGGAAUCAAAACCCUACUGGGAGGCCCGGCGGGUGGCACGGCAGACUCAGCUGGAAGCACAGAGAUCCACACAAGACUUCCAGAGGGCCACAGAAGUACUGCGGGUGGCCAAAGAGACCAUCGCCCUGGCUGAACAGAGGCUGUUGGAGAAUGAUAAGCGGCAAUUUGACUCUGCAUGGCAGGAGAUGCUCAACCACGCAACACAGCGAGUGAUGGAGGCCGAGCAGAUAAAAACACGCAGUGAGCUACUGCACAAGGAGACCGCUGCUAAAUACACCGCCUCCAUGAGCCAUAUGAAACAGCUGGAGAAGAAGCUCAAACGCACCAUCAACAAGUCUAAGCCCUAUUUUGAAAUGAAGGCAAAAUAUUACUUGCAGCUUGAGCAACUGAAAAAGAAUGUGGAUGAUCUCCAGGCCAAGCUGACACAGGCUAAAGGGGAAUACAAGUCAGCCCUGAGAAACCUGGAGAUGAUCUCUGAUGAGAUCCAUGAGCGCAGACGCUCCUCAGGCAUAGGCCCGCGGGAGAGAGGCGUAGGGGCAGAGGGUGAUGGUGUCACUGGUGAAGACUUGUCUGGCUUCAAAUUGGAGUCUGAUGGAAUUUCGAUGGCAUCUGGCUCCUACGAGGAUGAAAACUGCAGCACCAGUGCCAUGUCCGAGGAAGACUCGGAGACUCAGUCCAACAGUAGCUUCAGUUCUGUGCCAAACAGCCCUCUGGACUUGCUCUGUCCUUUCUCCUCAUCCUCCUCUUCCUCUGGUUCUCCGACCUCCACCUCCCCCACCCCUUCCUCUCGCCCCUGCAGUCUAGACCUGCCUAGCACUGUCUCUUUGUCUGAUUUUAGCCUGAUGUCUCCCAUCCUCGGGCCACGCAGCGAAUGCAGCGGCGCCUCCUCCCCCGAGUGUGACCUAGAGAGAGGUGACCGAGCAGAAGGGGCCGAGGCCUUACUGGACAACGUUCUCAAAAACAACAACAGCAUCAGCAACACCAAAACAACCUUUGGCCUGGAUAGCCGUUUUCGCCUGCUGUCUCUAAAACUUAGCCGAAAUGAAAGCAGAAAAACCAUUGCCCGAGCCCCCUUGGGUCUGGCUCAGCAACCCUCCCCAGCCACAAUCCUGCUGGAUGGGAUGUGACUGCAAUGCAUGCAACACCAAUGUAUUUGAUACAUUCAUCCACAUUUUGUGCGAGAGGCACUGGCAGUCACCCGUCCUCCACUUCACCAGUGUGUCAUUGCAGCCCAUUCCUCUCACUGUCUAGAAUGUUCCGCCAACUUUCAGACUGAACUUUCACUCGAUCUCACGGGUGUGAGAAAAGCAAUGUGCCGAGGAGACAAAUCUGCCACUGGAGGGGCAAAGAACUGAAUUAAGCUUUGAAAAGAAGUGGUAAUCUUGGUAAAAACAAUUAACGUUCCAAAUCUAGAAAGUCUAAAGAUGGCGUUAGCACACUUGUCAAUUAAGAAGCACUUGUCUUUUUACUUAUAAAAUGCAUAAGAGAUUUGUUAUGAUGUAGAUUUAUGCCACUGGUUGUCUUUAAUGUCUUUGUAACAGUGCCAAUGGAAAAUAUACAGUCAUUUGUGUGGCAGUAUAAUGUUUCAACCGUUACUGAGUUAUUGUAUAUCUAAGACAUCUGCACAUGAUCUCGCUUCAGCCUGGUGCUCAACAGACUCACCUGCGUGUCUUUCAUGAAGACUUCCAUCUUCAAAAAGGACUCCAAAUCUUAAGAGGAACUUCUGCGCUGUAACAGUGACUCACAAGGAAGUGACGCAAACUACCUGCAUCACAGGUCACCACCUCAGUGUCAUCCAGGGACCUGCAGGAGCUACAGGCUGAUCCAUACUGGUCACUAUCACCUUCCUCCACAAGCCAAAUCCACUGCAUGCCGCUCAAUGCUGUCUCUAUGUAAAGAACAAACAUUGUUUUCAAUAUAAAUAGAAAAAGAGCAAUAGAUUUCGAUUCACAAUGUUUUUGUGGAAGACAAUGAUUCAGAAAGUAGCAUAAAAAGCUGGAUCUACUGUGCUUGCACUGAUGAUUAGAUCCCAGUGGGGGACUUGCUGCACUGAUGAAGAGGACAAUUACUGAAUGCUCCAUCCAGCUUCUGCGUGCAGUAGCCACUGAUUUCGAGACAGAUGGCACAGCUUCUGGUCUAGUCAGUAAGCUGUGUGGUGUUUUUUUGUGACUUUGUGUCUCAUCUGUUUUUCUUUGCGUUCUUUUUUUCGCCUUGCAAACGUUCUUCUCCCGUUUGUCUUGUUGGCUCUUUGGUUUUUGUUGUUUUGAGAACUGAUUGUGAGGUAAGAAACCUUGUAGCAGUGUUUAAGUGAUUAAUGGCGUUGAACUUGGUCUUUUGUUGUUUACAAAGCUCGUGUAACGUAAUUGUUCUCAGACUGAAAUAAAAUGUUACCUGAAUUGA